GGCGUUGUAACUUAGUUCGGCAAUCUUAGCGCCGCAGCCGUCGAUAACCGUUGUCAUUGCGCAGCGAAGGAUUGAAGCAAUUUUUCACUGAUUAGUGUGUCUCAUCUCGGUAUGUUUGUGGAGUUCUCGUGGUUGCGAAGCUAGAAAAUGCGUGGAGACUGUUGGAAAGUUUGGUGUGAUUGCCCUACUAGUGUCAGGUGACAGUACUUCAGAUUGUCGGACAGGUGAUGCUGUAAACGCGGUUCGUGUGCGCGCCAGGAUAGAACAAUGCCUGCUCCAGACUUCAAAGCUGAUCGUGAGCGAUGCAAGGAAUUUUUGAGGAGCUACAUUGGAGACGAUGGGACCCUCAAAUACAUGAAAAUGCUGCAACAAGUGGCGAAUCGGAAACUGAAGGCCGUGGAAAUCAAUCUCGGCGACGUCAAAGACGCAAAGGACGCAGAUCUGAGUUUUGUUGAAAGAAUCCGCACCAAUGCAAGGCGUUACGUGGGACUUUUUGCCGAUGCCAUUGACGACUUGCUUCCAGAACCGAAUAUACCUCUUGCUAGAGAUGACGACUUUGAUGUGUUCCUUAGCCAACGCACAGAAGAGGUGCCGGAGCAGAUGGAUGUGGUUGACCCUCUGCACAAGCUGCCGCCUGAGAUUAAACGAUACUUCGAAGUUUAUAUAAAAAGCGAGGACAAAAAUGCUGCCUUAGCAUUGCGGGGUGUAAAGGCUAGCCAUAUUGGUUGGCUUGUCAAAGUAAGAGGUAUCAUCACCAGAUGUACUGACGUGAAGCCAUUGAUGCAAGUUGCGACGUAUACAUGUGAGACCUGUGGGUACGAGAUCUAUCAGGAAGUUACUUCACGCUCAUUCAUGCCUAUUUCCGAAUGCCCAUCUGUACGUUGCCGUACGAACAAUGCUAAGGGUAUGCUGUCUCUGCAAGUCAGAGGGUCGAAGUUCACCAAGUUCCAGGAGGCCAAAAUUCAGGAGCUAGCUGAUCAAGUGCCGAAGGGCCACAUUCCACGCACCAUGACUGUACAGAUCCGUGGAGAGCUCACCCGGUUGGUUGGGCCAGGAGACCUGGUUGAAAUUUCAGGGAUCUUCUUGCCUACUCCAUACACGGGUUUCAGGGCUAUGCGUGCUGGCCUUGUCGCUGACACUUACUUGGAAGCAAUGUCGAUUAUUCAGACCAAGAAACGUUAUGACGAGUAUGUGCUGAAAGAUGUCGAGCAGGAUCUUAUUCGGAAUCUUUCUGAAGAUGGGGACAUCUACUCAAAGUUGUCUUCUUCAAUAGCUCCUGAAAUUUUUGGGCAUGAAGAUGUCAAAAAAGCCCUGUUGUUACUUUUGGUGGGAGCUCCUUCUCGGCAACUUUCAGACGGCAUGAAGAUAAGAGGAGAUGUCCAUGUUUGCUUAAUGGGAGAUCCUGGAGUUGCUAAGAGUCAACUGCUAAAGCACAUGGUUAGUGUUGCCCCUAGAGGUGUAUACACUACUGGACGAGGAAGCAGUGGAGUAGGGCUGACAGCUGCUGUACAUAGAGAUCCUGUUACAAAUGAAAUGGUUCUUGAGGGAGGUGCACUGGUGCUUGCAGACAUGGGAAUUUGUGCUAUUGAUGAAUUUGACAAGAUGGAGGAGUCUGAUCGAACAGCCAUACAUGAAGUGAUGGAGCAGCAGACCGUAAGCAUUGCCAAGGCUGGAAUUACAACCUCGUUAAAUGCCCGCACAGCCAUACUUGCUGCUGCCAACCCUGCCUGGGGACGAUACGAUAUGCGAAGAACACCGGCAGAGAACAUCAACUUACCGCCAGCACUUCUCUCUAGGUUUGAUAUCAUGUGGUUGAUACUUGAUCGUGCAGACAUGGACAGUGAUUUAGCUAUGGCAAGGCAUGUUCUUCAUGUGCAUCAACACAGUGCACCCCCUUCACUGGAUUUCACACCCCUUGACUCUUCUACGUUGAGGGCAUAUAUUUCUUCUGCAAGACAAGUGAUCCCAUAUGUGCCUCGUGAUUUAACCGAAUAUAUGGCGAGUGCUUAUUCUGCCCUUCGCCAGGAAGAAGCGCAAAGCGAUGCACCUCAUUCUUAUACAACAGCACGUACGCUUCUCAGUAUUAUUCGUCUCUCUGAGGCGCUCGCAAGACUUCGAUUUUCGAAUGUGGUGGCUCAAAGUGAUAUCGAUGAAGCCUUGCGUCUUAUGCAAAUGUCAAAGUUCUCUUUAUAUACUGAUGAGCGCAAGAAGAGUGGAUUAGAUCCCAUUUCCGACAUCUAUUCUAUUAUCCGAGAUGAAGCUGCUAGGGCACGUACAAUGGACGUCAGCUAUAAUUCUGCUCUUAACUGGAUUUCAAGAAAGGGUCACUCACAGGCUCAACUUAAAGAGUGCCUAGAAGAAUAUGCAGCCCUUAACGUGUGGCAAAUCAAUCCAACCAAUUUCGAUAUCCAUUUUGUGGAUGCGUGAGAUCUGAUGUAGGCAUUGUACGCUGUGUACAUAGAAAGCUCGGAUUCUUAUUGAGGAGAUAUUUACUGGUCGCUGCAUAUAUGAUGAACAUCCAAGGUGCUCAUUUAUGAUUAACUUCAUCUGUAUGUCAGUAGUGAAGGUUGAAAAUACACGAUUGUUUAUCCCAUCGAUAUGGUGAGUCAGAAUCGCAAACCUUAGAUUCGCUCAAUAGUGCAGUAAGUUUUCGGACAAAUGGUGCGUGUUUCAAUGAGCUCCAGUUUUUUGGAGCCCUGAUUAGGCUUCAAUCACCUCCAUUGACUUCAGUCUUGCGGUGGUUGUUUUUUCUCAACUUAGAAAAGCUUGCACUAGGUAGAAGAUUAGGACAUGUAAAACCGAAAAUGCUUUAGUUUUUGAAAUCACCCUUGCUCGGCUGCUGGUCUAUUCUCGAAGCAGUUCUUUGGAAACCGUGGGAGCAAGAUGAUGGGAAGAACUGAUUGACUUUGGGUAUAUUUCAAGCAGUACAACAUUUUCAUUAGAACCCAUCCGCAGUACAACGUCCCAGCGAGGCUUUCCAGCAUAGAAGAUCUCAUGAAGUGACAAACCAGUUCGUCUGAGUCUUCUACUAGUCACUGAGCAGUGAUCUAGCCGUAGACUACUGCAGUGAGUUGUCAUUGCUACUUUUUGACGGUUACAGAAACUGUCAUUAUGCAACUUACGAUGAUGCCCACCUUAUUCAGAUUGGUUGUAACAUGGUUUUCGCUGCGCUUAAGUGGGCAUCCAAUUCAAAGCUUGCUUCACCUUUA